GGGUUGGUUGGUGGUGGUACUGUCUGAGAGACUCGCUACAGUAGAGCUGUAAAUCAGACUAGCUACAGUAACGGCGCUGAAAUUUGUUACCCUGUUGCAAGUAUUUCUGGCGAGCGAUAUCACUGCAGUCUCCCGUUUUGGGGAAAGAGUUGUUGAGCGAGGACUACAGCAACGGACCCUUUUUUAAAUAUAAAUAUAAAUAAGAGAGAGAGAGAGGCGAGUACACACAUUUGACUGGAAAUGUCUGAAAACAAACCGAAUGAUGAGCCGAAGUUGUCUACAACGGAUAGAGUUAUUAAAUCUGAUGACGACGUCAUUAGUUUCCACAACACACAUGUACCAUCAGUGGCAGGGGAGCGUUGUGGAACACAGAAGAGGUCCAAUGCUGCAAAUAAUAACUGCUGCUAAUAACAGCACCAAAAUAAUAACCAAAAAAAGACCAAAAAUAUGCUGUCCCGUUCCCCCCCAGCCACAGGCUGACCGUGAAAGAGGUGUUUGACAGCGAAGGAAAGCCCAAAGUCGAUGUCCUCAAGGCUCAUCUGACCAAAGAGGGCCGUGUGGACGAGAGCGUCGCCCUGCGCCUCAUCGGUGAGGGAGCGGCCAUCCUGCGCUCUGAGAAGAACCUUCUGGACAUCGAGGCCCCCGUCACAGUAUGUGGAGACAUCCAUGGCCAGUUCUUUGAUUUGAUGAAGCUGUUUGAGGUGGGAGGAUCUCCAGCCAGCACACGCUACCUUUUCCUCGGCGACUAUGUGGACAGAGGAUAUUUCAGUAUUGAAUGUGUGCUGUACUUAUGGGCCUUAAAAAUUCUUUACCCCAAAACACUGUUUUUGCUGCGUGGGAACCACGAAUGUAGACAUUUAACAGAGUAUUUCACCUUUAAGCAGGAAUGUAAAAUUAAGUAUUCGGAGCGAGUGUAUGACGCAUGUAUGGAUGCCUUUGACUGCCUUCCGCUGGCCGCGCUCAUGAAUCAGCAGUUCCUGUGUGUGCACGGAGGCCUGUCCCCUGAAAUAACAAAUCUCGACGACAUCAGAAAAUUAGACAGAUUCAAGGAGCCUCCCGCUUACGGACCAAUGUGUGACCUGCUGUGGUCCGACCCGCUGGAGGACUUUGGCAACGAGAAGACCCAAGAACACUUCACACACAACACAGUGCGAGGCUGCUCUUACUUCUACAGUUAUCCUGCCGUGUGCGAUUUCCUACAACACAACAACUUAUUAUCCGUCAUCCGGGCCCACGAAGCACAGGACGCUGGGUAUCGCAUGUACAGAAAGAGCCAGACUACAGGCUUCCCCUCGCUCAUCACCAUCUUCUCAGCCCCCAACUACUUAGAUGUCUACAAUAAUAAAGCUGCUGUGCUGAAAUACGAGAAUAACGUCAUGAACAUUCGGCAGUUUAACUGUUCUCCUCACCCCUACUGGCUGCCCAACUUCAUGGAUGUCUUCACCUGGUCCUUGCCCUUCGUUGGGGAGAAAGUCACUGAGAUGCUGGUAAAUGUUCUGAGCAUCUGCUCCAAUGAUGAACUGACUACAGAUGAGGAGAUUGAUGGACAGCUAAUAUAUGCCCCAAAGAAAGGUGCUACAGCCUCUGCACGCAAAGAAGUGAUCCGAAAUAAGAUUCGUGCCAUUGGGAAGAUGGCUAGAGUGUUCUCAGUGCUUCGAGAGGAGAGCGAGAGUGUUCUGACUCUGAAAGGUCUCACUCCGACUGGCAUGCUACCCAGCGGUGUUCUCUCGGGAGGCAGAGAGAAACUCCAGAAUGCCAUCAAAGGCUUUUCGCCACAGCACAAGAUCACGAGCUUUGAAGAGGCUAAAGGCCUGGACCGCAUUAACGAGCGCAUGCCACCCCGGCGCGAUGCGCUGCCUUGCGACGCCAGCCUCAACUCUCUCAACAAAGCACUGUGCUCCGAAAGCAACGGCACCGAGGCCAAGGCCAGCAGCGGCAGUGCCAUCCAGUGAUUGUCCCCGCCCACACCCAGCCCAUGCUGUCAUCAGGCUCCUCCCUCUCUCUCUCCAUGCUACAGUCGGACAGACGAGUGCAGGGGGGCGGGCAUCGCGAGUCAGAGGGUAGGAGCAGAGGAAGUGAGGAUGGAGAGGGAGGUGAAGGGGAGAGCAGAGUUUUCAAACAUGAUUCAGAGUGACACUCUCUUAGUCUUUCGAUAUGCCUUUAAAAAUAUUUUGCUUGUAAAAACCAUGAAAAGUUCUUGCAGGUUCACUCUUUUCUGAAUGAGUAAGUGUGGGAAGUGUGCUCUCGGUUGUGGAUUGAGCAGCGCAGCAGGCAGAUAUCUUAUGUGAAAAGGCCUUUACUCAUUUACUGGUUAACAGAUUUUUUUUUUUUCUUCGUGUGUGUAACUUCUUACUAAUUAUUGUAUGUUUACAAAAAAAACAGCACUAAAAUGGACAGAGCAUAAAGUUUUUAACAUGGAAAGGGUGUACAAACUAAAUAAGGACUAUUUAUUGAUACCUUUUUUGCUACUCUUAUAAACUAGCUCUAAAGUAAAUUAGGCAGUCUUAAAAGAAUGUUGCAACAUUGAAAUGCCAAAAAUGGAACGUUUUAUGGUUUUGUACAGAUUAUGCUUACCUCAGGUUUCUUUGGUGUGUGUGUGCUUUGAUCCUAUUUUCUGUAUAAUGGCUAAUUUGCUUGAUAGCAAGUACCCGCUUUCUUGGAGUUUAGAACUGGAAUUCGCACCUAUCAUUUGAGAAAUAUGUUUUGUUUUUUAUUCGAGAUGGGGAAUAGUUCUGUUGUGGCUUGCUGGAACUUCUGUGAGUGUUCAGUUUUCUUUUUAAGUAUUGCGAACAAACAAAAAAUUGAAAAAGUGUCUAUAUAUAUAUAUAUAUAUAUAUAUAUAUAUAUAUAUAUAUAUAUAUAUAUAUAUAUAUAUAUAUAUAUAAUAAUUAGCACCUAUAUUCUGGAAAAAAAAGACAAAAAAUAGAAAGCGUCUGCCUAUGCAUGUUUUAUAAGAUUUAUCAAAGGAAAUAUGAAUGAAUUACCUUGGCUGCAGAGGCCGGUUUUGAUCUGUAGUGUUGCUUAGUCGAUAUAUACUGGAAAUGUAUACCGCCAUUCUUUACUCUAAUGCCAGGAUAAAGCUUCAGGCCUUUUGUUAUGAAAGCAUCAAACUAUUUAUCAUUGGAUGAGGAAUCAAGGUUUUUACGCCUGUAAGUACACAUGUAGUCCGAAUUAGCAUGUUUAACUGUUAUCGUGACAUAAGUUUGUGGUUACAUGUGGAACUCAAAAUGCAUGACAGCUGUUAAUGUCAUACAAGACAGUUAGACUUUUUUUUGUUCUUUUUUUUUUUUUGUAAACGUGCCACAGACAAAGUGUAUUAUUAUUAUUAUUAUUAUUAUUAUUAUUAUUAUUAUUAUUAUUAGGAACUAUGCUUUGUAUAUCAGUUACCGGUUUGUUACUGCUCAAUACUUUAAGAAAAUAAAAUACUCCAUUGUUUUGGUUUUUUUGUUUUGUUUUUUUAAACAAAUGCUUAAGUGCCCAAGUAAUUCACUACACAACAUUAAGACUUGCUUUUGUAAUUUAACUUCCAAACUGUUGGCUGAUGCAGCAUGCACUCACAACUAUUAAAGAGUAUUUUAUAUUACUGUUCAAUAAAAUGUGCAUGAAAAUAAAA